AUGGCUUCCGACCACAGCGCUGUCGUUGUGCCUCCUAAGCAGGUGGCCACGGAUUACCCUUUGAUUGAUUCCGACCCGCAUAUGCGCCGAGUCUUCCGAUAUGCCCGACGUGAAGAUUAUGCUGUCGCUGGAGCUACCGGUGCUAUCUCCCCCAUUGCUUUCUGGGUCAUGGAGCGAGUGAGCCCGUCGCAUGUUGGCCGUGGUGGCUUCCCUCCUGUCAUGCGCUUGGCUACUGCCAUUGGCUUCAUCGGCGGUCUCCACGUUCUUUACCAGCGCUCAUGCAACCGUUUCUACGGCUUCACCGAGAACAGCCGUGAAGUCGACAUGGAUAUGCGCGAGAUGGUUGACAAGGUCAAGAAGGGCGAGCCCCUGUACGGCACAUCUGGCAUGUCCUCUUAUCUCCAGGGUGUGGCUGCUCGUAACUCGCGUUACUCCGGGCUGUUCGUUCAUGUCCUGCCCUGGUUCAACAUUGUCAACCACGACCAGCACGGCGUCGACACUGCGAAGUACUACCAGCAAGCAGAGCGGGAAUUGGAGGCCGAGCGUUUGAGCAGGGCUUGA